AUGCCGCGAAUUAUGAUCAAAGGCGGUGUUUGGCGAAACACUGAGGUGAGAUUACUAGGGACAUUUUCCAAAAUAAUUAUUUAAUAAUACAAAUUUAUUGAUUUUCUUACCGUCGUUUUAUUCAAAUACCUAUUUCUUGUAUUAAACGACUGCUUUUUAGCAUACUUAGGUAGUUAAUAUUACGUGUCAACACAAAUAAAAAAAACCUACCUAUAUUUUUAUGUAGGUUAAUCAAAUAAAAUAUAAACCACUUCGUGUACAAAUUUACCACAUCUAAUUCUAUGGUUGCUAUACGUCCCGAAAAACCAGCUCAGUCGCCGGUUUUUGACUUGGUGUACCGGUGUCACGAAAAUAAAUGUCGGUACCCAUGCCAAUAUGUCCCGGUUAUGAGAAAAAUGUAUAUUAUUUAAUUUUGACAUUUUUUUUCGAGUAACUGUUUCAAAACUGUAAUCGAGAGAUAAUGAUUAUAUUAUUAACGAAUAUGGGAUAAAACAAUAAUGACAAAACCUUGUAUAGUAUCCAAAUAUUUAUGAAUAAUUACUUUUAUCUUUUAUAACAAUCUAUUUAAUAAUUUAAAAAAAAUAAUAUAUGUUCUUUAUAUAAUAAAUUUAUAAUCUAUAAAAACAUAAAUGCAAUUUUUAUUGUUUUAGUUUAUAAAAUAUUAAGUACCUAUAGGUUUUUUUUUUAUUACAUAUACAUUAUAUAGGUAUCAUAUUAUAAUCAUAUUUUCAGUCUAAUUUUAUUUGCUAUUUUUUCUAUUCAUCUCGGAUUUGCUUUAUAAAAUUAUGGCAACCCUACCUAAUAGAAUAAAUGCUGUCAGUAUUAUGUGAAUCAUAAGCAAAUUUAAUAUGUGUACCUAUUGUUUUCUAUGUAAAUAUAACUAUAAUUUGAAGUAUUUAUUCAAAUUUUGAUUUGGUAAACCAAUGUGAGCUAUUUUUUAAAUUUGUUAUAAUGUCGUCAAGGGUAGCUGUUGGUAUCAAAUUGUAUAAAUUAAAGGAAAAAAAGGACACAUACCAAAAAAACGUACUGGGAAAAAAAAACCGGUAAAAAAAUAUUAGGAAAGAAGCCCCAUUGUAAAUUAAUACUUCUUCAAAAAUAAUAAUGAAUCUGUAGGAAAAUUGAAAAACAUUGUCUUUUUAUUUAUAUUAAACUAAUUGAUUUCAAUGACAGGUUAGGCUUAUAUUAUGACAAUUUUACAUAUUAUUAAAACUUUUUCUUUAAUGUAUAAAUUAACCUACAAAAGUCUGUUUGUUUUAAAAAUAUAUUAUUUUGUUUAUUACGUUUAUUCAUGAUCCUAGAAUUUCGUACAACUAAUCUGGUAUAUUCUUCUCUUUUUUUGUAUUUCAUAUUGACAACAUACAGUUAAUAUUAUGUAGUAUAUAAGUGUAUAAAAUAUUAUAAUUAUUAAAAAUCCAAAUAUCUAAUAAAUAUAUAGGGGUAAAUAGAUUCCCAAUAAAAUCCCUCUCGCCCCCUCCCUGAAUAAUCUGCCACUGAUUUAGAACAUUUCUAAUGGAAAAUCAAAUGUAUCAAAAUAUCAAUAAACCAUCUACAGUUUUACUAUGUUAACAACAUAUCCAAUUAUUCCAUCUUCCCUUAAGAGUCAAGAUUAAACUUGGUUGAUUUAUCUUAUUUUACUUGCAACCACUUCAGAAUGAUAACAGAUUCUAAACUAUUUCAACAACCAAUAUACUGAGUAAAAUACAAAUUUUUUAUUUUAUUGAUGUAGACAUAUUUAGGUUUCUAAACUUAAAAUUGUCUACCUGAAUCCUCGCUGUCCGUCCAUAUAAUUCUUACUACAUAGCUAUAGUUAAUCAGGAUAUAUAUACAGGGUUAAGUACGAACUAAUAUAAAAAAAAAUAUGUACCAAAAUAUGAGUACUUCAAGAAUUUAAAGUCUACUAUUAAGAUAUUUAAUUUAUUUAGAUUCUUUUAUAAUAUACUAACAAAUUAUAUAUAUAUUAUGUAUACAUAUAUUACCAAAAUCUUUCAAAAUUGUAUAUAGAACAUUUUUUGUUAAACUUGUUUAAAGAUAAUAUUAUAGUUUUUAUAAAAAAAUUUUUUGUGUAGGAUGAGAUUCUUAAAGCUGCUGUUAUGAAAUAUGGUAAAAAUCAAUGGUCACGUAUUGCAUCAUUAUUACACCGUAAAUCAGCUAAACAAUGUAAGGCACGUUGGUUUGAAUGGCUUGAUCCGAGUAUUAAAAAAACUGAAUGGAGUCGAGAAGAAGAUGAAAAACUUUUACAUCUUGCUAAACUUAUGCCUACACAAUGGCGUACAAUCGCUCCAAUUGUUGGUCGUACAGCUUCUCAGUGUUUGGAAAGAUAUGAAUAUUUAUUGUGAGUAUGGUGUUGAGUUUAAAUUAUAUACAUAUUUUUUUUUUCAAAUUAUUUCAUAGAAAAAUAAUUAUAUUUUCAAAAAAAACAAAUAUAUUCAAUUAGAUAUAAUUUAUUUUAAAUGUUUCUAGAGACCAAGCACAAAGGAAAGAAGAUGGCGAAGAAGUGGGAGAUGAUCCAAGAAAGUUAAAACCUGGGGAAAUUGAUCCUAACCCGGAAACAAAACCAGCUCGUCCAGAUCCUAAAGAUAUGGAUGAAGAUGGUAAAUUUACUAAUUUGAGAUCUUUUAUUUUAUAUUUUAUUUAAUUUAUAAAAAUAAAUAAUAAUAUAUUUAACUGUUAUCAAGAAUGUAGAAAGUUAAAAAUAGUAAAUAUAUUUUUAGAAUUUAAAAUACAUAAUUAUGUAUAGCUAUUAAUUAUAUUGACGUUGUUAAAUGUAUACAAUUAAGUAUUCCAACUAAACAAUAAAAAUACUUUAAUAUUUUUUAGAACUGGAAAUGUUAUCUGAAGCAAGAGCUCGUUUAGCUAACACUCAAGGGAAAAAGGCAAAGCGUAAAGCUCGUGAAAAACAAUUAGAAGAAGCUAGACGACUUGCAGCUCUUCAAGUGAUUUAUAUAUUUAUUGUAAAAUAUAUGACUAUGAAUAUAAUAUAAUGGUGUUUAAUUUUAUAGAAACGAAGAGAACUGCGUGCUGCGGGUAUAGGUGUAGGAAGAGGCAAUAAACGAAAACGAGGUAUAGACUAUAAUGCUGAAAUACCCUUUGAAAAAAAACCGGCCUUAGGUUUCUAUGAUACUGCUAAUGAAGAAGUUGAUCCAUUGGCACCUGAUUUUAAAAAAUUAAGGCAGCAGAAUUUAGAUGGAGAACUACGUGUUGAAAUUGAAGAGGUCUAUUAUUUUUUACAGUGUUUAUUUCUUGAUGUGUUUUUUUAAAUAAUGUUUAAAUUUUAGCGAGAAAGAAAAAAAGACAAAGCAAAACUUAAACAACGCAAAGAAAACGAAGUUCCAUUAGCUAUGUUAAAUAAUCAAGAACCUAUAAGAAAAAUGAGUAAACUUGUUUUACCAGAACCACAAAUUUCUGAUCAAGUAAGAUUAGUACAGUCUUUUUUUUUUUAAUUAAUGUUUUAAUAAUAUUAUUGUUUUUAUUAUAAAGGAAUUGCAACAAGUUGUCAAAUUAGGACGUGCUAGUGAAAUGGCACGAGAAAUAGCAAUGGAAAAUGGUUCUCAACAAGCUUCAGAUGCAUUAUUAUCAGAUUAUACACCUUCUAUUAAUAAUAUUCCUGGUCGCACUCCAAGAACACCAUCGGUGUCUACUGAUAAAGUUUUGCAGGUAUUCUUAAAUCAAGUAUCAGACAUUAUGGCAUAAUAACAUUUAAAUUGUUUAUUAUAAUGAGAAACAAAGCUAUUAUUUCAUUUUGUUUGUCUAAAUAUUUUUUCUACAGAAAUAUUGCUCCAAUUUUUAAAUGUAGUAUCUUUUCUAAAAGUAAAUUAUAUUUAGUUAGUGCAGAGGUUCACAACCGGGGUUCCACAACAUAUUGGUGUGCUGUGAGCGUUCUCUAGUGGCGCUGUGAAAAUUAAACAAAGUGCGUAGUGAGCAUAGUGUGCCUUGUUUAAAAAAUGUUUGGGCACUACUGGUUUGAUGUAUGUGUAAUUACACAGAUAAUAUAAAAAUAUAAAAUCUAUUUUAAUUUUGUUCUGGUUGUUCUCUAUGUAAGACUAUUAUAAAAUGAUCAUGCCACCAUUGAUUUAUGACAAAACCAAAUACCUGUAGCUUUAUCUUGACUUUAUUUUUAUAUCUCCAAUUAAUAUUUAAUAACACUAUAAGUUUACUAUACAAUUUAAAUUUAUUCAUAAUUUAUAUAAAAUAUAAGAAUCUAAUGUGUGUACAGUGGUGGAUACAAAGGAGGACUAUGUUAACUGAAGCCCUCCCUUCGUAUGUGUAGAUACUUAAAAACUAGGACUUAAACAUUGUAUAAAUUACAACUUAUAUCAAAAAUACAUUUUUUAAAGCAUAUAAAAAGUGAAUUUUUUUAGUCAUCUUCUUUAUCUAUUUCCUAUGUUUGCUUAUACUUAUCUUAGAAAACUUAACUCAUCAAAUAUAAAUACACAAUAUACCUACUACUAUAAUACGAUAGGUUAAAAUCGUAUUUUUUCAGUAUUUGAAACUGCAUAUAGAUAUGAAUUAAAUAACUUAAUGCAUCUUACCUUCUCACUUACAACAAUGGCAUACCCAUCAGCAGUAUCAAUUGUUUUUUAUUCCGUAUAUUUUUAAUAGCGGAAGAUUAUUUGUGUUCACUAUUUUUACUAUAGUAUAAUAUAAUAUAUUUUAUAAUUAAACAACAAUAAUUUAAUAUUAAUAAUUAUAUUUUUUUUUUCAAUUUUUGUAGGACGCACAAAAUAUUAUGGCGCUAACACAUGUAGAUACACCCCUUAAAGGGGGUCUUAAUACAGAGUUGCAAAAUGUUGAUUUUAAUGGUGUUACCCCACAAAGGCAAUUAAUAACAACUCCUAACACAAUUUUAGGUACUCCGCUCUCACAAACUACUAAUGAUGGUUUUCAAACACCACAAACUGAUCGAUCAGUAGUAAAACCUGGCAUGGUUACUCCCACUCCUUUAAGAGAUCAAUUAAGUAUUAACCGUUUAGAUUCCAUGGAAGUAGAUAUUAUAAAUACACCACAAGCUAUAAAAAACUAUCAACAUCAAGUAAAAGAACAAUUGAAAGUAGGGCUCAGUACAUUACCACAGCCAAAAAAUGAUUUUGAAAUUGUUGUUCCUGAAGACCACCCUGAAGAUGAAGAUACAGAAAUACCAAAAGAUUUUGUAGAAGAUCAAUCUGAUGUAGAGAUGCGUAGUGCUGAAGAACUUCUUGCUCGCCGUAAGUAAAAUUUAAGUAGUAGCAUUAUAAUGUAACAUUUAUUUUUAAAUUAAUGUUUCUUUUAUACAAAUAAUAAUAUUUAUAAAGUUGAAAGUGAAAUAAAUCGUAAAUAUUAAAUAUAAUGAUGAAUUCAUAACAUAUUUUACAGGGCAAUUGGAAAUGAAAUUACGAUCUCAAGUAAUUCAACGGUGUUUACCUCGUCCACCAGAUACUAAUAUUGUUCUAAGACCUUUAAAUUCAGAGCCUCCUCUGACAGACCUUCAAAGAGUAAUAUAUAGAUUCACUAUAAGUAUUUAUUCGUAAAUACAAUUUGAAUAUGUUUAUUCAUAUAGGCUGAAGAAUUAAUUAAACAAGAGAUGAUUACGAUGCUUCAUUAUGAUGCUGUUUGUGACCCUCUUCCUCCAGAAGUUGCAAUACUUACUCAAAGUGGUCCCAAAAAACAGCCAAUAUUAACUGAAGGUCAGCAUUUGGCGUAUUUACAGGCACAUCCGUAUCAACAGUUUACAGAAGGAGAAUUAGAAAAUGUAAUUAAAAUAAUAUUUAUUUUACAAAAAAUGGUGAAAUAUUGUUUUAAUUUAAAUAUACUUUGCGUGGUUUUUUUUAUAUAUAAUAUUUUAUAUUUCAUACAUUUUGUAGGAAGUUUUUAUUUCAUUAUGUAAAAAAAAAAUUCCUAAAUCAGUUAUUUUAGAAACGCAAUAUAAUGAGUGUAUAUUAAUUAAUCCAAUAUAAAUUAUUAUGGGUCAGUACUGUAAAAACUAAAUUAAUCACAAUUAAGGUUAAAAAUAAUUUACAUUUUUUUAUAAUUGUAAAUAUUGUUUUAGGCGAGACAAUUGUUGAAGAAAGAAAUGGAAAUUGUUAAACAAGGCAUGAAUCAUGGUGAUCUAUCAUUGGAUUCUUUUACCCAAGUAUGGGGCGAGUGUUUAGGUCAAGUUUUAUUCUUACCCAAUCAAAAUCGUUAUACAAGAGCAAAUUUAGCGAGUAAAAAAGACCGGAUUGAAUCACUAGAAAAGAAACUAGAGCAGAAUAGAGGUCAUAUGACAAAAGAAGCAAAAAAAGCUGGCAAAAUGGAAAAGAAGAUUAAAAUUAUUCUUGGAGGAUAUCAAGUAUAUGAAAUAAUAAUUAUUUACAAAAGUUUUGUUUUGCAUUUUAUUAUUUUAUUUUUUAGACUCGUUCUCAAGGACUUAUUAAACAAUUUCAUACCCUUGUUGAUGAAAUUGAACAAGCACAUUUAGAAUUAUCAACAUUUCAGUUUUUACAGCGACAAGAAGAAGCUUCUAUACCUAAACGUUUACAAGUAUGUACAUUUACAAAAUUUCAUAAAUAAUAUAAAUUUAUAUAUUUAUUGUUUUAGUUACUUUAAAAUAUUAAAUAAUGCUUCCAAAAUUUUUAUUUAGCUUGUUAAAAAUAACUAAUUAUAACUUCUUAUGAUUAUAAUUUAGUCAUUAACUGAUGAUGUAGACCGCCAAAAAGAACGAGAAAAAAUUCUGCAGCAAAAAUACUUGGACCUUGAAACAAGAUGGAAAGAAUUGCAAAUAGGAAAUGAUGAAAAUGAUAAGUAG